AAAUUUAAAUAUUACAAAUAUCAACAAAUAAAAGGUCUACCAGACCCUAUUUCCGUACGCCUCUACUAUCUCUCGCCCGAUCGCACUGCAGGCCGUCCCCAACUCCGUCCGUUCUGCCGCCGGCCGGCUAGUCGCGUAGCACCGCCAGCAGUCCGCCGGAGGGACUGAAUUUCAGUUAAAUUUGAUCUGGUGCCGUUUGAGGGUGGGCGUUUUUGACAUCAUGGUUAAUGCCAUUAAAGGGCUAUUCAUCUCCUGUGACGUACCUAUGGCACAAUUUAUCAUCAAUUACAAUGCUUCCUUGCCUACAUCCCAUAGAUUUAUCAUCCAUAUACUGGAUAAUACUCACAUGUUUGUGCAACCCCAUGUAGCUGACAUGAUUCGAAACGCCAUCUCGGAAUUUCGAGAUCAGAUUUCUUAUGAGAAACCUACUUGAACCAUGUUGGUAAUCAAAGGUUCACUAUAUAAUUGUAUUUUUAGAGUUUUUGUAGUUAUUGAUUUUGCUUCUAAAACUUAUUUUGCAUCCAGUCAGUUUUACUUUGUAUUGUCACCCUUCACUGUGCAAUGUAUCUCAUCUGACUUGAAUAUCUAGAAUGGUGAAUAUUGUUGAGUUGCAA